AUGGAACUUAACUUUGGAGAUGAAUUAUCACAAGCAGCAGUGGUCGUCUUUACAACAAUUGUAAUAAUACUACUAAUUUGUGGAAUACCAUCGAACACAUUGUUUCUUUGGACUUUGCUGAAAAUCAAACGCCUCCGAAUAAUUCACAAUGCCUUCGUAGGGAAUUUGGCAGUGUCCGAUUUUCUUAUCACAACUUAUCUGUUGCCUUUCAACCUUGUCUCCCUUUUAAACAAAGAAGCCAAAAUUCCAGAUUUUCUUUGUCAAAUAAAUGGAAUCUUUGCUCAUAUUGUGUUCAGUUCAUCUGUGAUUUCGGUGUCAACGAUAGCAGUCCAUCGUUACUUCAAAAUUUGUCACUACAAGCUAUGUUUGCGCAUUUACACAAAAACUAUCGCGUGUGCCGUCAUUGCCUCAGUCUGGAUCAUAGGCAUUCUAUUUGCAGUGCCUCUCAUUUGGAUGGAAAAUUCGCUGAUAUUUGAUCCUACCGUACAAAUGUGCAUCUUCAACCGGUAUGUCAGCCAGACCUAUUCCAUUGUCUACCUAUUUGCAUGUCUUUUUACUCCAGUGAGUGUUACAAUGAUUUGCUAUUAUAAGAUAUAUGCCUACGUGAUACGACACAAGCGACAACUGUUGACAUGGAACAACGGAAUUGGGCAGACAAGAUUCAGAAACGAUGUUCGUUCGACUAAGUCGACAUUCGUAGUAUUCGUAGUGUAUCUUGUUUUAUAUAGUCUAUUCGGGGUGCUAGCUACUUUUUUUGAUAAACAUUCACAAGUGGCUACAGAAAUUCAUUCUACUUCAAUAUAUAUGGCGUAUGCAAACAGUUGUGUUAACGCUUUUAUAUACGGUUUUAUGAAUAAAGAUGUAUUAAAGGCAUACAAAGAGGCCCUACGUUGUCGUAGGUCAAGAAAAAUUAAAAAUAUUAAUAUUUUAACGCAGGACGGUACAUCAACUCAGCCAAGCAUAUUUCAAACCAAAUCAAGCAACAUUAAAGAAACCGAGAGCCCAAAGUGCAAGACGUCGGUUGUGCAAAAUCCCAGUCAAAAACCUAAUAGUAUGAUCACUAGCAUUUGA